AUGUCCAGUCCCGUGACGUCACCCAUCAUCUCCCCGCCCCGCUCAUCGACGCCCACCGCGUUGCGGCUGCCUUCCAUCAGUGAUCUGGUGCCCAAAGCGACGUCACCCCCGCUCCAUAGUCCGAUUAUGGAGACACUUUCGCCGCUGACCUCUCCCAAGAGUUCUCCCACCCGUCCGCGCCCGAUGGUGCGUUCGCCGGUGAUGGUCCGCAGCUACGAACCGGCGCCGACCAAUCCGCACACGCCGCACAUAAUGCGGGCGCCCCCGAUGCGGAGCUUUGCCCCCAUGAUGGACAGUGGACAGCCGUGCAACAGGAGAGUUUUUGAAUUAUUUCACAAUUCGGAACAAGCUUCUUCUUUGCCGUGA